AUGGAAAACCCCCACCAAGACCAAAGAAACACCCCCAAUCAAAAGCAGCAGGGCAUCAAGCGCCUGUACGGCAUAGAACGAAGCAAAGCAAACCUUCUUCACCAUCAGUUACAGGGAAGAAAGUAUUUCGAUUCAGGCGAUUUUGCCCUUUCCCAAGCCCAUCGAGCAUCCAACAUCGGCGCGGUCGAGACAGGGACUGAGCAUCCGCUUCGCAAGAAUAUUUCGCACCCAUCGUCCGCGGCCCCGGCGUCUAGCAACGUCAAAAGCGAUAGUGACGAACAAGGCGGACAUGCCGAGCAGUCCACAAUGGUAACAGCAGCUAGCCAUCUUCAACAACAAAUGACGCCCAAAGGAGGGGGUGACGAAAAAUGGUAA